AUGGGCUGCUCUGCCAGCGUGCUGCUGCUGCAGGCCCUGCGCUCCGUGCUGAGGGGGGGGAACUGCGGGCGCAUGUGUGCCCGCCGCCAGCAGCAGAUCUCCUCGGAGAUGCUGCCCCCGCUGCAGGAGGAGGGGGGCGACGGCGCCAACCAACCCUACGCCACCACCACCGUCGUCGUCAUGCAGGAGAAGCCGAAACUGAUUGACCCUCUGGACUAUGAGGCGGUGAUCUCAGAGCUGGAGGCGGAGCUUAAGGAGGACCCCCAUCAGGACCUGCUUCUCUUCCCUGAAAAUGACUUUUCUGUCUCCACUCUUCCCCUGGAGACGCGGACGCUGCAGUCCACAGUCCCAGCUGAGGCAGAGGAACAGGCCAAAUGUCUGCUGGUCAGACAGGCCUGCAGGUUCUACAACUCCCAGCUGCACAUCGUAGAGUUUAAGCAUGAGGAGUAUGCUGGAGACCACCGCACGCUGCCCAGAAAGCUCUACAAGGCUGAGAAGCUGCCCUCUCACUCCUUCGAGAUCGACCAUGAAGACGUGGACAAGGAUGAGGACACCACGUCGCUGUCGUCGUCCAAGGGCGGCGGCGGGGGAGGGGGCGCUGGCAGCGGCACAGGCGGAGCUGGCGUCUUCAGAUCUGGCUGGCUCUACAAAGGCAACUUCAACAGCACCGUCAACAACAGCAUCACUGUCCGGUCAUUCAAGAGGAGGUACUUCCAGCUGACCCAGCUGACCGACAGCUCCUACAUCAUGAACUUCUACAAGGACGAGAAGAUCUCCAAGGAGCCCAAGGGCUGCAUCUUCCUGGACUCCUGCACGGGGGUCGUCCAGAACAACCGUCUGAGGAAGCACGCCUUCGAGUUGAAGAUGAACGAGGUGACGUACUUCGUGCUGGCGGCCGAGAGCGAGCAGGACAUGGAGGAGUGGAUCAGCACGCUCAACCGCAUCCUGCAGAUCAGCCCGCCGGACGCGCCGGUCCUCGACCGCAAGAGCGUCGACCUCAGCGACACGCGGCAGGACAUCUUUGACCUGACCCUGAGUGAAGUGGCCAUCCCUGAGACGGAAGAAGCGACAGAGAACGGCAUAAACCCUGAGUUGGCCAAGUACAUCUCAGAGACAGAUGAGGUGGUGAGAUCUGCCAGGAGAGAGGAGAGGCUCAACCUGUUCUCCCUGGACCCAGACACACCGAUGCUGCGGACGCCCCGUUUGGAGCACCCGUGUGGGGGUGCGAGCGUGCGUCCGUAUGAGGAGCGGCUGGGCCGGAGGCUCCUGGUCACCUGCAAAUCCCUCACCCUCACCCUGCAGGGCUGCGUCUGCGAGACCGACAACGGACCCAUCACCAACAUCGAGCCGUUCUUCGUGACGGUGGCGCUGUUCGACGUGCGGGAGGGCAGGAAGGUGUCGGCGGACUUCCACGUGGACCUGAACCACGAGGCGGUGCGCCAGAUGCUGAGCGGGUCGGGGGGGUCGGCGCCACAGGAGAACGGGCUGGGCCCCCCCAACGACAAGGCGCCAGGAGACUGCCAUCUGAGCCAGGACCUGGACAACUGGCUACGCUUCCCCAAACAGGCCAUCUUCUCGGUCACUAACCCGCACACGGACAUCGUGCUGGUGGCGAGGGUGGAGAAGGUGCUGAUGGGAAACAUCACCAGUGGGGCGGAGCCCUACAUCAAGAACGCAGACUCCAGCAAGACGGCCCAGAAGAUGCUGAAGGCCAAUAAGCAUUUCUGUAGCAAGUUGGGGAAGUAUCGCAUGCCAUUCGCCUGGUCUGUCCGAUCUGUGUUUAAGGAUAACCAGGGCAUGGUGGACAGGGAGUCUCGCUUCUCUCCGCUCUUCAAACAGGAGAGCAACAAGAUCUCCACUGAUGACCUGAUCAAGCUGAUCUCUGAAUUCAGGAGAGCGGAGAAGACCAGUAAGCUCCAACAAAUCCCAGGCAAUCUUGAGGUCACCGUGGACCCUGUCCCCCUGGAGCAUCCCAACUGUGUGACGUCCUCGUACGUGCCCAUAAAGCCCUUUGAGGACUGCGAGGCGCACACGGCCUCGGUGGAGGUGGACGAGUUCCUGCUGGAGUCGGCCAAGUUCGCCCAGCCGUACCGCGUCUACCGCAACCACAUCUACGUGUACCCCCGACACCUCAAGUACGACAGCCAGAAGAGCUUCGCCAAGGCGAGGAACAUUGCUGUUUGUGUAGAGUUCCGGAACUCAGAUGAAGAACACGCAAAAGCUCUUCAGUGUAUCUACGGAAAGCCAGGAGGCCCAGUUUUCACCACAGCUGCAUUGUCCACGGUUCUACACCACUCACAGAACCCAGAUUUCUAUGAUGAGGUGAAGAUCGAGCUGCCCACAGACCUCCAUGAGAAGCACCACCUGCUCUUCUCCUUCCACCACGUCACCUGUGACAUCAACGCCAAGACAAGCUCCAAGAAGAAGGAGGCUUUGGAGACGCCAGUGGGCUAUGCCUGGCUGCCUCUGCUGAAGGACGGGCGUCUCUCCUCUCAGGAGUUCAGCGUGUCCGUCUCCUGCACUCUCCCUACGGGCUACCUGGCCAUCAAGGAGCCUGGCUCCUCCAAGAAUGGCUCUGACCUGAAGUGGGUCGAUGGUGGGAAGGCCAUCUUCAAGCUGUCCACCCAAGUGCUGUCCACAGUCUACACUCAGGACCCCCACCUGAACCGCUUCUUCCAGCAGUGCCACAAACGAGAGACCGAGCUCUCUCAGCCACCUACCUCAAACUUCCUCAACUGCUUGAAGGGUCUCCUCAGUAUGGAGCGGAUCCACGUCAUCAUCCGCUUCCUGCCCGUCCUCUUCAACCAGCUCUUCAAGGUCCUCACCGAGAACGACAACGAUGAGGUCACCACCACCACCACCAGGGUUCUGGUCCAUAUCCUGUCAAAGUGCCAUGAAGACAACGUGGAGCACUACCUGCACUCUUACAUAAAGUUUGUGUUUCGGACAGAGGCUCAUGGGUUUAGAACCGUCCAUGAGGAGCUGGCCAAGGGCAUGACCUCCGACCUGAAGAGCAACGAGCAGGUGGCCAUCAAGAACAUCCUGAAGUUCUCCUGGUUCUUCCUGGAGCUGAUUGUGAAGUCCAUGGCCCAGCACCUGGUUGAUUCAGGAAACCUCAAGCUGCCCCGACCCCAGCGGUUCCCGGCCUCGUACCAGGGCCGGCUGGAGGCGCUGGUCAUGAGCGUGGCGGACCACAUCUACUGGAAGAACAAGGAGAUGCCCGAAGAGGCUCGCAGUGCCAACCAGGCCGUGGCCAUGUUCGUCAAGCGCUGUUUUACCCUCAUGGACCGAGGGUUCACCUUCAAGCUCAUCAACAACUAUGUCAACAACAUCACUGCCAGCGACAACAAGACGCUGUGUGAGUUCAAGUUUGAGUUCCUGAGGGAGGUGUGUAACCACGAGCACUACAUCCCCCUCAGCCUGCCCAUCCCCUCCUCACGCAUCACAGAUAAAGGCUCAGCGCUGGAGAUCACCCAGAGUGCACAAGUGGACGUGCCAGAGUACAGCCUGACGGGAGAGUUCUGCCGUAAGCACUUCCUGACGGGUCUGCUGCUCCGAGAGCUGGGAUUGGCCCUCCAGGACGAGCAGGACCUCCGGCACCUGGCCCUCGCUAGCCUCAAGAGUCUCAUGGCCAAGCACUCCCUCGACUCACGCUACGCGCUCAAGGAGAAGCAGGCGAAGAUAGCGUCGCUGUACCUGCCGUUGUACGGUCUUAUCCUGGACAACAUGCCCCGCUUCUUCCUCAGGGAACUCUUCCCAAUCUACUUCAACUCCAGUGACCAGGGAUCUCGGGAUGACCUGAGUGUGGGAGGGGGCCUGGCUGGGCAGAUCGCCCAUGCUGUUCGCCAUGGCAACUCCAUGGAUGCCUCCUUCUCCAAAGAAGUUCUCAACUCCAUCACUGCCUUUUCAUCUCUGGCCGUCUCCACGGGCAACCAUGCGGACUCUCGGGGUUCCCUCAUCAGCAUCGAGUCGAACCCCAGCAACAGCGACCGCAACAGCGAGAAGAUGGACGGCUGCGAGAAGUUCGCUCGGCCCCAGUCCCUGAUUGGCUUUGGCUCGCGCUUCGACAAGCUGGACCAGGCGGAGACCCGCAGCCUGCUCAUGUGUUUCCUCCACAUCAUGAAGACCAUAUCGGAAGAUGUGAUGGUGUCUUACUGGCAUCGGGCAGUUCACCAGGAGAUCUCUGACUUCUUCAACAUUCUCGAGUGAGUGUGUGUAGUAACCUCUGCUGUGAUUGGCUCGUUGUUGAACAGGAAGCUAGCGGCGGCAGUAAAACUGGCUCAGGCCACCCAGAACAAUGGCACCCUGAAGGGCUCUAGCACCUCCCACCAGUCCUCAGGAAUCCUCCCACAAUGGAUGCAAUCUGGGCAGGACGGGCACAGGCAUGCCCGCUCCCAGACUAUGCCCAUCAUCAGGGGCAAGAACGCCCUCACCAACCCCAAACUCCUGCAGAUGAUGGAGUCAGAUAUCCCUGAGGGUGAUGUCCUGACUCCUAUGGACAUUGAGGCUAACCUCUCCACUGAAGUGGCCCUGACUGUUUUGGAUGUGCUUGGUCUGUUUGUUCAACAUCACAAGAAGCAGCUGCAGCAUGAGGAGGGCCAGAACUCGCUGAUGAAGAAGGUGUUCGACACGUACCUGCUCUUCUUCCAGAUCAACCAGUCCACCACCACGCUCCGACACGUCUUCGCCGCGCUGCGCCUCUUCCUCCAGAAGUUCCCAUCGGCGUUCUUCCAGGGCAAGGCGGACAUGUGUGGCUGCCUGUGCUAUGAGAUCCUGAAGUGCUGCAACCACCGCUCCUGCAGCACCCAGACCGAGGCCUCCGCCCUGCUCUACUUCUUCAUGCGCAAGAACUUCGACUUCACCAAGGGCAAGUCCAUCGUGCGCUCACACCUGCAGGUGAUCAAAGCGGUCAGCCAGCUGAUUGCAGACGGGGGCAUCGGAGGCUCGCGCUUCCAGCAGUCGCUGGCCAUCAUCAACAACUUCUCCAACGGGGACGUCCCCCUCAAGAGCACGUCGUUCCCUGCGGAGGUGAAGGACCUGACCAAGCGGAUCCGCACGGUGCUGAUGGCCACGUCUCAGAUGAAGGAGCACGAGAAGGACCCCGAGAUGCUGGUGGACCUGCAGUACAGCCUGGCCAACUCCUACGCCAGCACACCUGAGCUGCGCCGCACCUGGCUGGAGAGCAUGGCCAAGAUCCACGUGCGCAGCGGAGACCUCUCCGAGGCUGCCAUGUGUUAUAUCCAUAUCUCGGCACUGAUUGCUGAAUCCCUGAAGAGGAGAGGCUAUUGGAAACCUGAAAAGGCCCGGAUGUCCAGUGUUGCCCCUGAGGAAGCCAAUGCAAUUAACUGUAGCCCCUUACUAACCCCCCGAGAAGGAGAAACCUCCUUCUGCAUGGGCUGGGCAGCGUUCAUGAGCAUCUCCCCCAACGUGAAGGAAGAGGGGGCCAUGAAGGAGGACGCCGGCACUCAGGACACGCCCUACACCGAGGACACAUUGGUGGAGCAGCUGGAGCUGUGUGUGGACUACCUGUGGAAAUCAGAGCGCUACGAGCUGAUUGCCGACAUCAACAAGCCUGUCAUCGCCGUCUUCGAGAAGCGGAGGGAUUUCAAGCGCCUGUCAGAGCUGUACUACGACAUCCACCGGUCGUAUCUGAAGGUGACGGAGGUGGUGAACUCGGAGAAGCGGCUGUUUGGCCGUUACUACCGCGUGGCUUUCUAUGGCCAGGGUUUCUUUGAGGAGGAGGAGAGUAAAGAGUUCAUCUACAAGGAGCCCAAGCUGACGGGUCUGUCCGAGAUCUCCCAGAGGCUCCUCAAGCUCUACUCCGACAAGUUUGGAGCCGACAACGUCAAGAUGAUCCAGGACUCCAACAAGGUGAACCCCAAAGACCUGGACCCCAGGUACGCCUACAUCCAGGUGACGUACGUGGUGCCCUAUUUCGACGAGAAGGAGCAGCAGGAGAAGCGGACGGACUUCGAGCGGCAUCACAACAUCAGCCGCUUCGUCUUCGAGACGCCGUUCACGCUGUCGGGGAAGAAGCACGGCGACGUGGAGGAACAGUGCAAGAGACGCACCAUCCUCACCACGAGCUCGUCGUUCCCCUACCUGAAGAAGCGCAUCCAGGUGGUGGAGCAGCAGAGCACGGAGAUGAACCCCAUCGAGGUGGCCAUCGACGAGAUGUCCCGCAAGGUGUCCGAGCUCAACCAGCUCUGCGGCAUGGACGAGGUGGACAUGAUCCGGCUGCAGCUCAAGCUGCAGGGCAGCGUUAGCGUCAAGGUGAAUGCCGGGCCGAUGGCGUACGCCCGAGCAUUCCUGGAGGAGAAGAACGCCAAGAAGUACCCGGACAACCAGGUCAAACUGCUGAAGGAGAUCUUCAGGCAGUUUGCGGAUGCGUGUGGCCAGGCCCUGGAUGUGAACGAGCGCCUGAUAAAGGAGGACCAGCUGGAGUAUCAGGAGGAGAUGAGGGCGCACUAUAAAGACAUGCUCGGUGAACUCUCCGCCAUCAUGAACGAACAGCUGUGUGGUGGUGUUCGCUCCUCCUCCAGCCCCUCCACCCUCUCUCACUCCUCACAUCCUGCAGCCUCCAAAGGGGAUACCCCACACAAGACAGCCCGGGGCGGAGCGGCACAGCGCCUGCUGAGCAGCCUGUAGACCGCCUGGAAACCGAGGAGCCUUUGGAGCCAAAAUGGCGCCCGGAACGGAAGCCGAUGUUCAGUGUUAUUGCCUUGAUCUGUGCAGUCGGAAAGGGGAAACUGUGAGCUGUGAAGUGGCGGUGUGACAAAAGGGAAGCUGAAGAUAAAGGAGUGUAGUCGUGGUGAAAGGUUGCAGUCCUGUGGAUGACUAGUCGUAGGCCUUGGCUACUGUAGUGUGUAGCUUUUUAUGUGGAAGGACACCUGCCUUGCUUUUCCUGAUAUAGCAGACUGUCUCUCUCUCUCUCUCUUACGCUAUCUCUCUCUCACACACACACACAAACACACACACACACACACACACACACACACACACACACACACACAGACGCCUCAUACAAAUAAUGUCUUCAGCAAAUACACACUCUCUCGCUCACACACACAGACACACACACACACACACACACACACACACACCCACACACACACUCCUUCUGCACACACUCUCCUCCACCUGCAGUUUGCCUUCUCUCCUGCACCCUUUCCCUUAGAAAAGAAAAAAAAAACAGUGACCUUAAUGAGCUCGAGGUGCGGUCAGCAGGGGUCAUGUUGGCUUCCUGCUCUGCAUUUGGACACACACCUUCACACACACCCGUCAGACACACACACACACACACACACACACACACACACACAGAGGCACACACACACGAGCAUGCACGCACACACACAUGCACACACACAGAGGCACACACACACGAGCACGCAUACACACACAUACAUACACACAUUCACUCAAACUCUCUCACACACGUACACAGUACACACACACACACACACACACACACACACACACAGAGGCACACACACACGAGCACGCAUACACACACAUACAUACACACAUUCACUCAAACUCUCUCACACACGUACACAGUACACACACACAUUUUAAUACCUUUAUUUGUGUUCACAUUUUACAAUUGCAAACCCAGUAGCCUAUGUCUCUGGUCUCAGUUCAUGGGUUCAUAAAACAACGCCUUCUCCAUAUGUGGCGCACACACACACACACACACACACAUAUGGUUCUCACACACAGCUGGCACUGCCCAAGGGCUGUCAGCCCAGCCCCCACCCAUGCUGCCCACCUGUUCGCCCUGUUGAGCGCACCUCCAGUACCUGUCUGAAUGUAGAGAUCCUCCGCAUUGCCGCAUUGUCUCCUCCUAACCAUGUGAAUCCCCACACACACACACACACACACACACCCGUCGCAGUCUUUCAAGAUGAGCAGUUACUGUUUUAUAACAUUUUUACGAUUGAUAAUGUUGUUAUUAUUAUUAUUUCAUGUACUGUUUUAAAUUGUAAAUAAGAAAAAUUAAUAUUUAAAAUGUUCCUUUUUUAUAUACAUAUAUAUAAACAAUAUAUGAACUUUUGUUUGGAUAAAUUAAAAAAAAAACAAAUGAAUGAAGAAACUAAGUUUUAUGUAUAACAUUUAAAUAAAUUUUGUUAA